UCGCGGCCCAGGAGAGGUCUCGUGAGCAGACCGGGCCCGUCCCUCACCCCGCGUGCGGCUCUGAGGAAAUGACAGCGAACGCCGUGCGAGGAGCGAGAGGAGGAGGAGGAGGAAAACACAAACCGACAACCUCUCAGCACACACGACGCGUUUCGCGGCCCAGGAGAGGUCUCGUGAGCAGACCGGGCCCGUCCCUCACCCCGCGUGCGGCUCUGAGGAAAUGACAGCGAACGCCGUGCGAGGAGCGAGAGGGGGAGGAGGAAAACAAAAACCGACAACCUCUCAGCACAAACGACGCGUUUCGCGGCCCAGGAGAGGUCUCGUGAGCAGACCGGGCCCGUCCCUCACCCCGCGUGCGGCUCUGAGGAAAUGACAGCGAACGCCGUGCGAGGAGCGAGAGGAGGAGGAGGAUGAAAACACAAACCGACAACCUCUCAGCACACACGACGCGUUUCGCGGCCCAGGAGAGGUCUCGUGAGCAGACCGGGCCCGUCCCUCACCCCGCGUGCGGCUCUGAGGAAAUGACAGCGAACGCCGUGCGAGGAGCGAGAGGAGGAGGAGGAGGAAAACAAAAACCGACAACCUCUCAGCACACACGACGCGUUUCGCGGCCCAGGAGAGGUCUCGUGAGCAGACCGGGGCCCGUCCCUCGCCCCGCGGCUCCGACUCCGAGCAGGAGAGUGAAGAGCCUCGGGCCGAGGAAAUGACAGCGAACGCCGUGGGCGGAACGACAGGUGAGUAUCAGCGCCGACGCGUUUCGCGACCUAGGAGGUCUCGGAGAGGACCGGGGUCACCCUCUGGCUCUGACUCCGAGACCUCCUAGGCCGCGAGACGCCCGCCGUGCGCGGAGCGAGAGGAGGAGGAGGAGGAGGAGGAAAACAAAAACCGACAACCUCUCAGCACAAACGACGCGUUUCGCGGCCCAGGAGAGGUCUCGUGAGCAGACCGGGCCCGUCCCUCGCCCGCGGCUCCGACUCCGAGCAGGAGAGUGAAGAGCCGCGGGCCGAGGAAAUGACAGCGAACGCCGUGCGAGGAGCGACAGGUGAGUAGGCAGCGAGAGGUGAGAGGCGCCACAAAAAAAAAAAUCAAACAAUGAAAUCGCUAAACGGUUUUUCAAAAAUGUUUGUAAUAAAUGAAUACAGUUCUUUUUUGUCGUUGCCUCUUUUCUUUUGGAGGGGAUGUGAACGCACGCACGCACACGCACACACGCACACACACAGAGAGAGAGGAAAAAAUACAGAGAUACAAUGGAGCACAGGCGGCACAUGAGAGCCACAGAACGUUCCAGAAAGUCCAGGAAGAUUCUAGCUUGCUUCAUGACAGCUUGCCAAUUUUGGGAGCCUGAGGUAACACAAGGGCGUGGAUGAGCCACACAGAAGUUCCAGAAAGUCCAGGAACAUUCUGGCUUGGUACUUGGCAGCAUCAGGAGGAAGAAAGGGCAGAGCGAACCGUGUGCAAGGAACGACAGGUGAGUAAGCACGCAAGAAGAGGAGGACAGAGAGAGGUGAGAGGCGCCACAAAAAAAAAACAAAUCAAACAAUAAAAUCGCUAAACAGUUUUUCAAAAAUGUUUGUAAUAAAUAAAAUACAGUUCUUUUUUUUUUUGUCUUUGCCUCUUUUCUUUUGGAGGGGAUGGGAUGAACACACGCACACACGCGCACACGCGCACACACGCACACACACACACGCACACACACACACACACACACACACACACACACACACACACACACACACACACACACACACACACACAGAGAGAUACAAUGGAGCCCGUGCAAAGCACACAGGUACGGGAGCCACAGAAUGUUCCAGAAAGUCCAGGAACAAUCUAGCUUGUUUCAUGGCAGCUUGCCAAAUUUCCUUUGGAACUGAGAAAAGAUGAAAGGGAGCCUGUGCAAGGAACCACAAGGGCAGAGAUGAGUCGCAGAAUGUCCCAGAAAGUCCAGGAACAUCCUAGCUUUUCUUGGCAGCUGGCCAAAGUCCUUUUGGGCCCAAUGCAACAAACACACGGGUACAUGGGAGCCACAGAAUGUUCCAGAAAGUCCAGGAAGAUUCCAGCUUGUUCCUUGGCGGCUUGCCAACUGUCCUUUGGAACUGGGAAAAGAUGAAAUGGAGCCUGCGCGAGGAAACACAAGGACAGAAAUGAGCCGCAGAAUGUUCCAGAAAGUCCAGGAACAUUCUGGCUUGGUACUUGGCAGCAUAAGGAGGAAGGGCAGAGCGAACGCGUGCAAAGCACGACACGUGCGUACAGAGCAAGAAGAGUAGGACAGCGAACGGCUGCCGCAAAAAAAAAAAACAACCUCUCAGCCAUGAGACGUUUCGCUGCCAAAAAGGUAGCUGUCGUGGAAUGGAUGGGGAGGGUAAACUAAGACACGUAUUAAAUAUAUCACCCCUUUCACCACACCGAGGUCACACGGUAAGCCCUCACACGGUAAGCCCACAGCAAAAACAACCAUGACGGCGCGACGACGUUUCGCCGCUCAAAGGUUCAUGCAACAGCUUUUUUCCAGCUUGCCGUGUGAAGAAUGCGAAGAUUACGAAGAUGAAGCGAUACAAGAAGACGAACAGGAAGAAAGGUUCAUGCAACAGCUUAUUUCCAGCUUGCCGGGUGAAGAAGAUAACGAAGAUGAAGCGAUAAGAGAAGAAGAGGAUGAAGAGGGUCGGGGGCGAGGGAACGGGAGAAGAGGGUGGCGAAGGAAGGAAGAGGAGCGGAAUCGAGAGCGCGAAGAGAGCAUUUCGCGACGGCGAGAGCGAGAGCGAGAGGACAGGAGGACGAGGCAGCUGAGACGGCAGCGGGAAAAGAGCGAUCGGGAGCGAGAGGAGAGGGGACGGCGAACGAAGGAAGAGGAGAGGAAUCGAGAGGAGAGCGUUUCGCGACGGCGAGAGGACAGGAGGACGAGGCAGCCAGGAGGGCAGCGGGAAAAGAGCGGUCGGGAGCGAGAGGAGAGGAGAAGGGGACGGGGAAGGAAGGAAGAGGAGAGGAAUCGAGAGGAGAGCGUUUCGCGACGACGAGAGGACAGGAGGACGAGGCAGCCGGGAGGGCAGCGGGAGAAGAGCGGUCGGGAGCGAGAAGAAAGGAGAACGGGGUGGAGAAGGAAGGAAGAGCAGAGGAAUCGAGAGCGAGAGGAAAGCAUUUCAAGACGGCGAGAGCGAGAACGAAAUGAAAGGGGGACGAGGCAGCUGCGACGGCAGCGGGAGAGGAGCUAUCGGGAGCGAGAGGAGAGAAGAGAGGAGGAGGAGGAUGAGGACGAACAGGAGGAGAACACGAGGUUCGUCGCCAGAAAAGUUCUUCAAGAGACCCGGUCCCACAAACCUCGCUCGGACCCCGAGGAGGAGGAUGACGAUGAGGAAAGGCGACAGCAGUGUCAAGAACGAGAGGAGGAUGAGCAGGAGAACGUAAGCCGGCCGGUCACCGAAGAAGAAGAAGAAGAAGAAGAAGAAGAAGAAGAAGAAGAAGAAGAAGAAGAAGGAGAUGAAGAAGAAGGAGAAGGAGAAGACACCCAACCAGAGCAAGAAAAUGUAAUAUCAUUCUUAGAAGACGAAGAAGAAGACCCACCAGAGCAGAAAAAUGCAUCCUCAUCUUCAGAAGAAGAAGAAGAAGAAGAAGAAGAAGAAGAAGACCCACCAGAGCAGACAAAUGCAACCUCAGAAGAAGAAGAAGAAGAAGAAGAAGAAGAAGAAGAAGAAGAAGAACAAGAACAAGAACAAGAACAAGAAGAACAAGAAGAAGAUAUCCGUCUUGUUGCACGAGAGACGUUCCUGUCGAGAAACGGGAAAAUAACUUGGUCCUCUACACCGUACCAAACGGCGGGGCAGCGGCAGCAGCAGCAGCAGCAGCAGCCCUGGCCGCCUGGACCCACGGCCUACGCGGCUUCCAACGCCCGAGACAUCGUCUCGACAUUCUUCCUCUUCCUCACGCGGGAAAUAGACGAAAUCAUUCUGGAGGAGACUAAUCGCGAGGGUCUUAGGAAAUACGGAAGAGACGGUUGGAAGCGGAUGGACGAGAUUGACCUGCACGCCUACAUGGGGCUGCUCAUCCUAGCCGGCGUGUACAGGUCCCGAGGCGAGGCCACCGCCAGCCUGUGGGAUGCGGAGAGCGGACGUGCGAUUUUCCGUGCCACGAUGUCCCUCAAAGUCUUUCACGUUUACUCGAAGCUGGUGCGGUUUGACGACCGUGAGACGAGAGCGGAGAGACGAGCCUCGGACAAGCUGGCGGCCGUGAGAAAGGUCUGGGACGCGUGGGUCAAACGGCUACCGAUCCUGUACAACCCCGGGCCUCACGUCACGGUGGAUGAGCAACUGGUUCCGUUCAGAGGUCGUUGUCCCUUUCGACAGUAUAUGCCCAGCAAGCCUGCCAGGUACGGGAUCAAGUCGUGGGUGGCCUGCGAUGCCAGAUCCAGCUACGCUUGGAAAAUGCAAGUUUACACGGGGAAGAAGCCCGCAGCAGCGGCCGCCGCCGCAGAGGGUGAGAAGCGACAACAGGGACGACGACUAGGAGGCUCGGAGAAGCUGGCAGCCCGCGUGGUGCUCGACAUGACGGAGGGCCUGACGGGCCGUAACGUCACCUGCGACAAUUUCUUCACUUCCUACGAACUCGCGCAGCAGCUCCUCCGCGAUAGGAACAACACCAUGCUCGGCACGAUCAGAAAGAACAAACCCGAGCUCCCGACCGCCCUGCUCGCGGUCCGAGGCAGACGGGUCCUCUCCUCCAAGUUCGCCUUCACGCGCGACACCGCGCUGGUCUCCUACCUGGCCAAGAAAAACAAGAACGUGCUGCUGCUCAGCACGUUCCACGCACGGGACGCGGACGCCGUCGGCCGGCGGCGUGCGGACAAUAAGCCCGCCGUCGUCCUGGACUACAACUCCAACAAAGGCGGCGUGGACAACCUGGACAAAGUCGUAGGCGCAUACAGCUGCAGGAGGAUGACGGCGCGCUGGCCCCUCGCCGUCUUCCACAACAUUCUCGACGUGUCCUCCUACGACGCCUUCGUGAUAUGGAGAGAGCUCAACCCGGACUGGUUGCCCGGCAGGCGCAACAAGAGGAGGGUGUUUCUCGAGCGCCUGGGAAAGGCGCUCGUCGCUCCGCUCAUCCAACGGAGGGCUCGCCUGCCGAGCGCAGAAGCGGCCGCGGCGGUCGUGAAAGCCCAUCGGCUGGCGGCCGCGGGGGGUGUCGACAGGGACGGCGGCGGGGGAGUCGCUUCUCCUCCUCCUCCUCCUCCUCCUCCUCCUCCUCCUCCUCCUCCUCCUCCUCCUCCUCCUCCUUCUUCUUCCCCUUCUCUCCGUCCUCGGACGGAUCUCGUCUCGGCGCCGGGCCCUUCGUCGGGGGCUGAGCCUUCUGCUGCGGCCCAGGCCCGGGCCCCCACUUCCAAGGCUCGUAUCGAACCGCCCAUGCCCGCGAGUAAGAGAAAGAGGUGUCAAGUCUGUCCCUCCAGUAAGGACUGUAAAACGCACAACAUGUGCCGCGGCUGCGAGAAAUACAUAUGCAGAGGCUGCGCGCUCCUGUACUGCGCCGCGUGUGCCAACUCCUCCUGCUCGUCCUUGGAGCGUGGGUCACUUUGACCCGGCGGAAAGGACGCUGGGCGCAUACGCAAUACGAAGGACAACACGAGGGUUAAAGGCAGCAUGAGGAGGAAAGGAUGUGGGGGUGUUUUAAAAAUCGAUUUCUAUGUGACUACAGGAGAGGAACACUGCCACCUGGUUUAUUGGUUUAUUGGU